AAGCCUUGACAACCUAUUUCCUGACGAGAGUUCAGUCCAAAGUUGUAAAACUUACUAAGUUAUUACAGAAUAAUAACAAUGCGUGUAUGGGUCAUAUGCUCGUGUCUAAUUCUGGUGCCGUUGCUGUGCGACGCGCGGAUCUCCAAGCGCUAUGUGAUCGGCUGUCCAGAGCGCUGCGACAAGAGUAUGUGUCCGCCCGUACCGGCCGACUGUCUGGCCGGAGACAUCCUCGACCAGUGCGACUGCUGCCCGGUGUGCGCGUCCGGCGAGGGCGAGCCCUGCGGCGGCACGGGGAAACUGGGAGACCCGGAGUGUGGAGAGGGUCUAGAGUGUGCCGUGUCUGACGGGACCGGAGUCACGGCCACCGUGCGGAGGAGAGGAAAGAGCGGGGUGUGCGUGUGCAAGAGCCCGGAGCCCGUGUGCGGCAGUGACGGGGUGUCCUACAGGAACAUCUGCGAGCUCAAGAGAGUCAGUAACCGGGCGCAAAAGCUCCAGCAGCCGCCCAUCAUCUUCAUCCAGAGAGGCUCCUGCGGGAAAGGUCAUGAGGAGAAUCCCGACAGUCUUCGUCAUAGAUAUAACUUCAUCGCUGAUGUUGUGGAGAAGAUCGCUCCAGCUGUGGUUCACAUCGAGCUGUUCCGCAAGAUGGUCUUCUCCAAGCGUGAGGUGGCAGUGGCCAGUGGCUCUGGUUUCGUGGUGUCUGAAGAUGGUCUGAUUGUGACCAAUGCUCAUGUGGUGGCCAACAAACACCGGGUGAAGGUGGAGCUGAAGACUGGUGCCACCUAUGAUGCCAAGAUCAAAGACGUGGAUGAGAAAGCUGAUAUUGCGCUCAUCAAGAUAGAUGCUCCAAUGAAACUGCCAGUGCUGUUGUUGGGCCGGUCAGCUGAUCUGAGACCAGGCGAGUUUGUGGUGGCCAUCGGCAGUCCGUUCUCUCUCCAGAACACAGUGACCACAGGCAUUGUCAGCACCACCCAGCGAGGCGGCAAAGAACUGGGCCUGCGUAACUCUGACAUGGACUACAUCCAGACCGAUGCUAUCAUCAAUUAUGGUAAUUCAGGAGGGCCCCUGGUGAACCUGGACGGUGAAGUGAUCGGAAUCAACACGCUGAAGGUGACAGCAGGGAUUUCUUUUGCCAUUCCUUCUGACAAGAUCCGACAAUUCCUGGCGGAGUCUCAUGACAGACAGGCUAAAGGAAAAACAGCCACAAAAAAGAAGUAUAUUGGUGUGAGAAUGAUGACGUUAACCCCAACACUUGCUAAGGAGCUGAAGGAAAGGCAGAGCGACUUCCCAGAUGUCACCUCCGGCGCAUAUGUCAUUGAAGUCAUCCCAAAAACACCAGCUGAAGUUGGCGGUUUGAAGGAGAGUGAUGUCAUAAUCAGCAUUAACGGUCAGAGAAUCACAUCAGCCAGUGACGUCAGCGCGGCCAUCAAGAGAGACGAGAGUUUGAGAACAGUGGUGCGACGCGGCAAUGAAGACGUCAUCCUCACCAUCAUACCUGAAGAGAUUGACCCUUGACCUCCCUUCACCCUCUUGCUCACCCACGAGCUGGUUCUCAGACUUUAACCGAGUGUGUGUCGGGAGCCACACUCAUACUAGAAUCUGUAGUGAAUACUUUCAUCAAACCAGAAUCGCUACCAUUGUCGGCUGACAACAGGAAAUGAUAUUACUUUUUCCCCAAACACUAUUUUUCCCCACAUUUAUCCAUCAAUGUACAUUGUACCAUGUUUGAAUGAGCACUUUAUAAAUAGAUGUGAAAUUUACAAUUUAGUGCCAGCUAGUUAACUGAAACACCAAAAUGUGUAUUAUAUUUUCUCAUGUAUACAUCAAGGCAUCAUGAAAUAUUGUCUGUAUUCAGCUUCGACUAUCCAAACUUUUGCAUUUACACUCAAAUUUCAAAAUUGACAUUUGUUCAAAAAGACUAGAGAAUAAAACGCAUCGGAAGUAAACAUCCCAUCGAGAGAUUGAUUUCAAAGAUAAUAUAUCAACCUUUUUUAAAAUAUACCUUAAAUGAGCUCUGAGAUUAAGAGAUGAUAUAUGUGUCUGUUGAAGCCAAGUCAACUUUACUUUUAAAGAAUUGUGUUUAAUAGCUGCAAAAGAGUUUUAAGCUUUAAAGGAAUAUUCCGGCUUCAGUACGAAGUUAAGAUCAAUCCACAGCAUUUGUGUCAUAAUAUUGAUUAACACAGAAAAUAUUUUCUACUCGUUGAAAUACUGUUUCAAAAGUAUAGACACAAGACAUAAACAAUACGAAUUGUUUAUAAGUUUCCACAGAUGUGGUUAGUAAGUGAUUUUAUGACAGUAAAAUCAUGUGAACACACAUAUUGUUUAUGUCUUGUGUCUAUACUUUUGAAACAGUGAGUAUUUUAAUGUUUACAGAUUGACCCCAUUGACUUCCAUUGGAAGUGUCUCACUGGAAAAACGAGGAACUAGUUGAAAUUCAUUUUUGCGUUAAUCAAUAUUAUGACACAAAUGCUGUCGAUUGAACGGAACUUGAAUUGAACCCGGAAUAUUCCUUUAAAUAUAUUGUUUUCAAAAUUAUAAUCAGUGGCUAUUAGUCAGUAUUUUUUGGGGGGUUUUUUGGGUUUUUUUAAUACGUAAUUUGCAAUGCUUAAUGGGAUUGUUUUUCAUUCCAUCUUAAAAAGGUUUAAGUACAUUUGCGGUCUUUUUGUUUUUAAUUUUCACAUUUUAUGGCUUCAUAUCAAUGUUUGUAAUAUUCUGAUUCAUCAUGGAGUUUGUUGGUUUGGUUAAUGCCUUAUAACUCAUUGUUUUUAAAUGCAUAUGUAUAAAAUGAAUGUGAAAAAUACUUCCGGAACCAAGACUGGUGAACACUGUCCGCUCACUGUCGUGCUCUGUUCUGGGCCAUUAAAGGACAUGGCUCUUAUGUUUUGAAUAUUAUCUCUAAAGACCUUCUUUUCCUUAAACGUUUGUGUGUGUUGGACGGCAAUUUCAGAAAUGGAAUUAAAGAAGGUUAAUGUUU